GAUUGUGUAUUCAUGUCCUGUUCGGCUAUUCCCAGAGAGAGAGAGAGAGAAACAGAGAGGGGUUUCAAAAUUUUGGCAGCUACAGUGAGAGCUUUUCAUGUCAGUGAUCUUAUGGGAGCCAUCAAAAGAGAGAGAUAGAAAGAACACAGCAACAGAACAAAAGAAAUAGGAAGAAAGAGAAAAACGACACAAACCUUUCUCUUUGCGUCUCCUUCUUUUGUCUCCCCCUUAAUUACUUACUCUCUCCACUCCUCCAUGCUCAAUCCAUUUCCUCUCCAUUUCACCCGCAUCAAAUCCUUCCACAGAUAACCCAUCAAGUCUCGUUGAAUUUUGUUUUUGACAAUGGUAACUGGUUGGAGAAGGGCGUUUUGCACAUCCUUUCAUAGAGAGCGAGAAGCCACUGUAUUCACAGAGAAGCAGCAACACCACCACCAUUGCGACAACAAUUCCACCACCCCCAGUACCUCCAGUAACCAUAGCCCAAGAAUAAGCUCCAAGUUUGGAUUUUUCUCCGAUUCAUCAGCACCCCGUUUACAAUCUCAACCUGUAUCAAACCCGAGUCUUCGUUGCCGAACAACCACAGCCAAAACUCCUACAUCAUCAGUACCCAAUAGCCCAAAACUCCAAUGCAAAACAAAAACACCAAAAAAAUGCAUCAGCCCCAGAUUGUUCCACUUCUCCGAUGCCUCUUCUCCUAAAUCCCCAUCCAGCUUCUCCCUCCUCAAAGCCAGCCUCCGCCUCUCCAAAAGUAAAUGUGGAAUCUGCUUCCAGAGUGUGAAAAGUGGGAAAGGAACAGCGGUUUUCACAGCGGAAUGCACCCAUGUAUUUCACUUCCCUUGCGUAGCUGCACACGUGAAGAGGCAGGAUCUCCUUAUCUGCCCUGUGUGCAGCGCCACCUGGAAAGAACAACCUUUGCUCUCUAUCCACCACAAACCAGAGAUCAAGAAAUUAGACGAAAAGCUCAAAGACCUUUCAAAAACCAAGAACUUGAGAAUCUACAACGACGAUGAGCCUCUCACGUCUCCUUCUCCUGGUUCUGUCUUCAACCCUAUACCUGAAUUGGAAGAAAACGACGCCGAAGGUGAUGACCACAAUGCAGCUCAAGAGUUUCAAGGCUUCUUUGUGAAUCCAGCUCCAGUUAGAGUGAGUAAUCACGUCAUGCUAAAUGCCAAAAAUGUGGAAGUCUGUUUGUUGCCGGAUUCUGCUUUGCUGAAUGUUGGGAGGAGUUACCAGACGCACGUCGUCCUGCUCAAGGUCAGAGCGCCACCGUCCCUGGCUGCUCGUCGACGACCUCCUAUUGAUUUGGUGACUGUGCUGGACGUUAGCGAGAGGAUUUGCGGGGUGAAGUCACAAAUGAUGAAGCAUGUGAUGCGACUACUAAUAUCUUCGCUGAAUUCCACGGAUCGAUUGUCGAUUGUGGCCUUCUCGGCAACGUCCAAGCGGUUGUUGCCGUUGACGAGGAUGACGGCCGAAGGACGGAGAUCGGCUCGUCGGAUUAUCGAUCCUUUGGGAAGUACUGGUCAAGGGAUGAGUGCAAACGACGCGCUUAAAAAAGCUGCAAAAGUGAUUGAAGAUCGGCGAGUGAAGAAUCCGUUUUCCAGCAUCAUCAUUAUAUCCAACGGUCACGAUGACCAGUCUUACACGAACUCCAUUGCUCAGAAGCGUCCAUCAUUAAUGGUGUCAUCAAUGCGCUUUUCUCACUUGGAAAUCCUCGUACACUCCAUUGGCCUCGGUGACUUUAGCGCGUGCAAGAACGCGCCAUCAGAAGACGCAUUGGCAAAGUGCGUGGAUAAUCUACUAAGCAUUGCGGUUCAAGAUCUAAAGCUUCACCUCGGGUUUGUUUCCGGUUCAGCUCCAGCAGAAAUAGCAGCGGUUUAUUCACUCACAGGUCGGCCCAGUGUUUUUGGACCCGGUUCGGUCCGGCUCGGGGAUCUUCACGCCGAGGAAGAGAGAGAACUACUCAUAGAAUUGAAAGUGCCGGCUUCUUCCACCGAGGGCCACCACUUGUUAUCCGUACGGUCCUCGUUUAGAGACCCAUCGUCACAGGAGCCAGUCUUAUCCAAGGAAAAAGCCCUGAUAAUACCUCGAGCUCAAGCCGUUCGAUCAUCAGAGCCACAUAUCCAACGGCUGAGGGACCUCCACAUCACAAUAAGAGCAGUGGCUGAAUCUCGGCGAUUAAUGGAUCACAAUGAUUUAUCUGGAGCUUAUCAUUUGUUAUCAUCAGCUCAAGCAUUGUUGAUGCAAUCGAGUGACUGCUCAGCUAUCGAGCAUCUGAGAAGGUUAGAGGCGGAGCUGGGAGAGCUGCAUCGGCGAAGGCAGCAGGUGGUGUGGAGUCAGAGGCAGAAGGAGAGUCAACAAGCAGAGGAGAAGGUAGAGCUUCUUACGCCGACAUCGGCGUGGCGAGCUGCGGAGAACUUGGCUAAAGUGGCGAUAAUGAGAAAGCAUAUGAACAGGGUCAGCGAUUUGCACGGUUUUGAAAAUGCCAGAUUUUGAUUUUUUUUUUUUUUUUUCCCUUUUCAUUGCCUGCAUUCUGCAAUGCAAAGAAAUAGUAUAAAGCCAUGAAAUAAAAUUUUAUGUAAGAAAAAAAGAGGAAAAUGAUUGAGUGGAGCCAGGUCCAUAACAGCGACAAGUGGUCUUGUUUCCUUUCCUCAGGUAGGCUAGAUUUUUAUUUUUGGAAGUUGUUGGUAGUCGUUUGUAAUAUGUGUAAAUUGGAAGUACAUGAUAGAUUAUGGAGGAUUAUGAAUAUGAAAUGGGUUUUGUUUU